GAUGAGGAGAUCGAUUCCGACGUUGAAAUGGAGGGCAUGGAUCUGGAGGACGACGACGGCCAAGUCGACGAAGCGGGAGACGACGAGGAAGCGACCGAAUCGGACAAUGCACCCGUUGAAAACGAAGAAGACUUUGCGGCUUUGGCGACGGAAGAAGCUCAGGAGAUGGAAGAAGCGCGUCGGGAACGUACGGAACUCAUGGCAGCCGAGCAGAAAAAAGCCAUGGGCAGCAAUCCACAGCCCUUGACAGCGGCGGAGCGAUUGGAAUACAUUCUCGCACAAUCGGACGUCUUUGCGCAUUUUCUGGCCGGAUCCGUCGCAGCGGGCAGCAAAAAAGGCAAAGGUUCGCGAGGCAAAAAGGGACGCAUGACCGAGGCCGAAGAGGACGCCCAGCUUCUCAAGUCGGCGCAGUCCAAGCGUCGGGUGAUCCGGGUCGACCAGCAGCCCUCCAACCUAGCCCCGCACUGUCGUAUGCACCCGUAUCAGCUAGAGGGACUCAACUGGCUCAUUAAAUUGCACGAUCACGGGAUCAACGGAAUACUGGCGGACGAGAUGGGUCUUGGCAAAACGCUCCAGACUAUUUCGCUUUUGGCCUACCUUCGGGAAAGCCGCGGAGUGCGGGGGGCACAUAUGGUCAUUGUCCCCAAAUCGGUCGUUGGCAAUUGGAUUCGGGAGUUCAAAAAGUGGUGCCCCUCUAUCAAGGCCAUUCGGAUGGGAGGAACCAAGGACGAACGACAGAAAUUUGUCACGGAAGACUUGCCUUUGGAUCCCAACACUGGUAAACGAAAGUUUGAUGUCCUCGUCACCUCGUACGAAGGUUUGCUCCGGGAAAAGGGCAAACUCUCCAGGAUUCCGUGGAAAUACGUCAUCAUUGACGAGGCGCACCGUAUCAAGAAUGAGAAUUCGUCGCUUAGCAAGGUCGUCCGGACCAUGAAGACCGAAUUUCGCUUGCUCAUUACGGGAACUCCUUUGCAGAAUAAUCUGCGUGAGCUAUGGGCGCUUCUCAACUUUUUAAUGCCCGAUAUCUUUGGAGACGCUGAGCAAUUCGACGAAUGGUUCAGUUUAACGGACGCGUCGGGCAAGGAAAACGUAAUCAAGAAGCUCCAUACCAUUUUGCGACCGUUCAUGCUUCGGCGCGUCAAAAAGGACGUCGCCACUUCGCUCCCGCCCAAGAAGGAAACGAAACUCUACAUCGGGUUGACAAAAAUGCAACAGGAAUGGUACGUUCGUUGUCUCCAGAAAGAUGCGCACGAACUAAACAAACUUGGUGGUCCGGAUCGCAAUCGCCUUUUGAACGUUCUGAUGCAGUUGCGAAAGGUCUGCAAUCAUCCGUACCUAUUUGACGGAGCCGAACAGGGCCCACCCUAUAUUGACGGGCCUCAUCUCUGGGAAAAUAGUGGCAAGAUGCAACUUAUGCACAAGCUAUUGCCCAAGCUCCAAGCGAAAGGAUCUCGCGUUCUCAUCUUUUGUCAAAUGACCCGCGUUCUUGAUAUACUCGAGGACUACUUUCGAUUGACAAAAUUGGAAUACUGUCGCAUCGACGGUAACACGGACGGUGAGCGUCGGGAUUCUCAAAUGGACGAGUUCAACGCCGAAGGCUCAAGCAAAUUUGCCUUUCUUUUGAGUACUCGUGCGGGGGGUCUCGGUAUCAAUUUGGCGACCGCCGACAUUGUUAUUCUCUACGAUUCCGAUUGGAACCCCCAAGUGGAUCUCCAAGCAAUGGAUCGUGCCCACCGCAUAGGACAAACCAAACCGGUACAGGUCUUCCGGUUCGUGACGGAGGGUACCGUGGAAGAAAAAAUCAUUGAGCGCGCCGACCGCAAGCUAUUCCUCGAUGCCGCAGUUAUUCAGCAAGGGAGAUUGGCCGAGCAGCAUUCGUCGUUGGAAAAGGGCGAUCUCAUGAAGAUGGUACGGUUCGGUGCCGAUCAAAUUCUCAGUGGAACAGGGGGGACCUACACUGACGAAGAUAUUGACGCUUUGAUUGCUCGUGGAGAAGAGCGUACCACCGAAAUGCAAGCCAAAUUGCAGACUGACGCCCAACACAAUUUGGCCAACUUCAGCUUGAUGGCCGAGGACGAGGGUGGGACCGACACAUUCUCUUUUGGAGGAAAGAAUUAUCGCGAUUCGGAAAAGUCGGCCGGAAAUUUUAUCAACUUGCCACAGCGACAAAGGAAGCGCAACUACGAUCUGAGCGGCUCUACGGGCAAUACUGGCUUGUCAGGCAGCAUGAAAGCGCACGCCGCUGAUGCGGCAGCCAAGAAGAAACGCAAGGGACCAGCGUUACAUGACUACCAAUUGUUUAACAUGUCACGACUUCAUGCAUUGAUCGAAAAAGAGCGCGCUCUGGCUCGCGAAGAGCUUUUGCAACUGGCUCAUGCGAAAGAGCAAGGUCUUGAUACAAGCUUUGUUUUGUCCUCGAAAGAAGAAGCCGAACGAAGGAGCCUCUUGGCGGAAGGAUUUCCGGAUUGGAGCCGAAAGGACUUUCGCUCCUUCUGUUUGAGCUUGGAACGCCACGGACGGUACGAUUUCAAUAGUAUUGCGCAGGACGUUUUGCGUGAAACGGAUAAAGAUUUGCAGGAAGUCCAACGCUAUUUUGUGGCCUUUUUUACAAACUACACGCGAAUCAAUGACUGGCAAAAGAUUCUUGACAAGAUUGAACGCGGGGAAAAGAAGAUUCUGCGACUGCGACAAAUCCGUGACGCUAUUCAGGAGAAGGUGGAGCGCCAUUUGGAAGACGCGAUAAGCUACGGUUCUAGUGGCCGAGGUCGGGGAUAUCAGGAAGAGGAAGAUGCCUUUCUUGUUUGCAUGAUGUACCGGCAUGGCUAUGGAGCGGCAGAACGCAUUCGUAUGGAAAUCCGCCGCGCUUGGCAAUUUCGAUUCGACUGGUACUUUAAAUCUCGUUCGGCGCAAGAAAUCCAGAAGCGAUGUGACAUGUUGGUGCGCGUCGUGGAACGCGACAACGCUGAAGUGCGAGAAAAAGAAGCAGAAGAAGAACGUAAGCAAGAACGGGACAGCUUUACCGUCCCCACUCCACAAUCGGCAAAGGAUAGUUUCCAAAAGGUUCCUGAAGGAGCGGUUGCCCAGUUUGCGUCUAACUAAGCAAGUCUGGCGAGAUCUCGAACCGACAACAGAACGGUAAAUGACCAAAAGUUAUCGAAUGAAUGUAUACGU